GUGGGGGCGGGGCUGCAGCAGGAAGGCCCCCGGCUGUCCUCGCCUUGGGUAGAUGAAAGAAGGGGGCUUCCAGGCAACAGCUGAGUCUGGGCGCAGGCGUGAUUUCGGGUGCAGUUGUCGGGGUGGCUGCUGUGAUUUGAGAACCUCAGAUCUUUGGGGUGACUGAUUCCAGGAGGCGCUGGAUGACUAACGCUGGGCGAGGCCCUACCUGGAGGCUGCAGGCCUGGGGAGGCCUGGCAGGGGGGGCCAUGCUCUCAGCCCUCUGGCUCCUGAAGCUGUUGGGACCAGCCCCAGGGGGGGCCCCGGCACCCCAGCCCGCAAUCACCGUCCUCAUCUGGCACUGGCCCUUCACAGAACAACCCCCAGAGCUGCCAGGUGACACUUGUGCCCGCUACGGCAUGGCCCGCUGCCGCCUGAGCACUAACCGAAGUCUGCUGGCCAGUGCUGACGUGGUAGUCUUCCACCACCGGGAGCUGCAGACACAGCGGGCCCACCUGCCCCUGGCCCAGCGGCCACAUGGGCAGCCCUGGGUCUGGGCCUCUAUGGAAUCUCCCAGCCACACGCGUGGGCUUCGUCGCCUCCGUGGCAUCUUCAACUGGGUGCUGAGCUACCGGUGUGACUCCGACAUCUUCGUGCCCUAUGGCCGGCUAGAGCCCCGCUCGAGCCCUGCACCCCCACUGCCGGCCAAGAGCCGAUUGGCCGCCUGGGUGGUCAGCAACUUCCAGGAGCGGCAGCAGCGUGCCCGGCUGUACCGGCAGCUGGCGCCCCACCUGCAGGUGGAUGUGUUUGGCCGUGCCAGUGGGCGGACACUGUGUACUGACUGUCUGGUGCCCACUGUGGCCCAGUACCACUUCUACUUGUCCUUUGAGAACUCUCAGCACCGAGACUACAUUACCGAGAAGCUCUGGCGCAAUGCGCUGUUGGCGGGGACCGUGCCUGUGGUGCUGGGGCCCCCCCGGGCCACCUAUGAGGCCUUCGUGCCCCCUGACGCCUUUGUGCACGUGGACGACUUCAGUUCUGCCCGCGAGCUUGCUGCUUUCCUCACUGGCAUGAAUGAGAGCCGAUACCGAGGCUUCUUUGCCUGGCGUGACCGACUGCGUGUGCGGGUGCUCACUGACUGGCGGGAGCGCUUCUGCACCAUCUGUGCCCGCUACCCCCACCUGCCCCGGGGCCAAGUCUAUGAGGACCUGGAGGGCUGGUUCCAGGCCUGAGCACCCGCCACUGGGGGGAUGGGGGACAGGCCUGGAUGUUGCAACCGAACCAGCGGCAUCCGGCCACCCUGGGGCAAGCCAGGGUCACAGACCAGGAAGCCAGGAGGGAGGAGCAGCUGCAGGCGGGAGGCUGUGGGAGGCAGGUGGGCUUCGGAGGCACUGGGGGGCAGGCAGGGUGGGGAGAGGUCAUGGGAGGCUGUUGCUCAGGCUGAUCAAGGAGGAAAGGGUCUUAGGACGCCCCCUCUCUGCCCAGAACAAACACUGAGCAGGCUUGGCUGGAAGAAGAAGAAGCAGGGAGGGCUCUUGGGGCCAGGAGCAUCCGGUUUGUGGUUUGUGGGGCCCAAACCUGAACCCUGUGAACCCCCAUAACAGGUGCCCUGGUCCCCCUCUGUCCAUAGUUCUGGCCUGGAGAUCCCAAGAAGGAACAACAGUGGGCUCGGAGAGGGGAGCGGGGAGCCAUGGAGAAUAAAGAGGCAAAUGUGACUGGCGGCUGGGCGGUGCCUGUCAAGGCCACAACAUCCCUGCGCCUUCUCCGACUCUGUGGUGCCCUGCUAAGUGGCAGCUCAGAGCACCUUGCCUGGCCCCCAAGCACAAGCAGAGCAGGACCCCGGGCUGAAGCCCCACU